AUUUCCUAUUUUUUUUUUUUUUAAGGCCUCUGCAUUGCAGUCGUGAACCUUCCCAACGACCAUUCUAACCCCACUCAGCAUGGACAGAGACAACGAAGAGAUUACGUUCACCAUCAACAAGAACUAUGCGGAGAAGUACGAGCAUGCCAAACGUGGCCAGGAGCUGUCUUCAAUUCGCGACAAGUACGGAGACUUGGGACAGACCCGACUUUCUGUAAUUGCAGAACGUCAGCACAAAUACGGCUAUACUAAGAACGCCGAUUACGAUUACGACUCGUAUGACUCUGAAGAGGAUGAGGAGGAGGACGAGGUCGGCGAGCUGGUCACGCCGGAGGUCGACGGACAGAUCAUGAAGACCAUUGGACUGAUCCGUGCACAGGACCCUAAGAUCUACGAAGCCACAUCCCAUUUCUUUAUCCCGGCCGAGAUGGAGAAGGCGAGACAGCAAUGGAAGGAGAAGCAGGCGCAGGAAAAGAAGAAUAAGCCGAUGAACUUGAAGGAUUAUCAUCGCAAGGUCCUGCUCGAGGAUGGCGGCAUGGUGAACGAUGAGAUCGAGGAACGGAAGGUCAAGGAAGAGUCUGAGAUGACACAUGUGGAGCAGCAGGAGUACCUGAAGCGGGAAAUGAAGAAUGCGUUCCUGGGUGGCGAUGACGAUGACGAGGAUACGGAUUCGUUCUUUACUCAAAAGGCCAAGACCAAAGAGGAUGAGGAUGCAGAAGAGGACGACUAUAAGCGGUUUUUGAUGGAGAGCAUGGGCAGUAAGAAGGGCGGUGUCGAGGCAUUCCAGGAUUGGAGAGAGUAUAAGAACGCGCCGGAGAUGGACAAGGAUGAAGCCUUCUUGAUGGAUUACAUCCUGAACCGGGGAUGGAUCGACAAGUCGCAAAAGAAAACCCCUCACUAUAAGGAGAUUGUCCGCGAGGAAGAAUACGACGACCUCGUCAAGUCCGAGGAUGAACUCGAUGCAGCUGAAGACUUUGAAUCCAAGUACAACUUCCGCUUCGAAGACGCUGAAGGAAAUUCAUUGAUGGGCUAUAGCCGCACAAUCGACGAUUCUGUCCGUAACAAGGACGAUAAGCGAACGCGCCAACGCAAAGCAGCCAAGGAGCGCAAGAAGGAGGAAAAGACUCGACAGUUGGAGGACCUCAAACGCGCCAAGAACAUGAAGAAGCAGGAAAUCUUUAACAAGCUGAAGCAGAUUCAGGAGAUCACCGGCAAUAAGACCGUCGGUUUUGAAGAGAUUGAUCUGGAGACUGAAUUCGACCCUGAGGAUUACGACCAAAAGAUGCAAAACGUCUUCAGUGAAUCGUACUAUGAUGGCGAUGAAAACGAAAAGCCCGUCUUUGAUGAUGAUAUCGAUACUGCCGAUUACGAGCUCGAGGACGAUAACGAUGACGAGAACGGAUCGUCUGUGGAGGACGAUGAUGAGGCCGGACAGCAACCUGAGGAAGCCGAAGUAGACGAUGAGGCCUACCCGCCCGAAUACGACAACGGUGGGGAGAGUUAUGAGGGCUACAACGACCAGGAGUACUAUGACGAAUCUUAUGACUACGACCAAGGCGGCGACGAGGAGGAAGUGCUGAUGGACGCGGAUUAUUUGCCCGGCGGAGAAAAUUACGGAAAACCUCUGGAGAAGAAGAAGAAAGAGACCAAGAAAGAGAAGGCCCAGCGGGAGAAGGAAGAGAAGCGACUUGCGAAGCAACAGGCCCGCGCCAACGGAUCCACAGAUCCUGCAGCCAUCCGCACGGCUGUCGCAGCGAUCGGAGCCGCCAGAAGCGUGCUGGACUCGGACAAACAAAAGAGGGACUUUAACUCUUACCUGGAUGAGUACUACCAGCUCGACUACGAAGAUAUGGUGGGGGAUCUGCCGACUCGAUUCAAGUACCACAAGGUCAAGCCCUCAGCGUUUGGAUUGACGCCUGUGGAGAUUCUGUUGGCGGAUGAUAAAGACUUGAAUGAGUUUGUAUCGCUCAAGAAGUUUGCGCCGUACCGUCGUUCGGAUGAACAGGAGGAGGAUAUCCGGAAGUACGGCAAGAAGAACCGUGUGCAGAUGUUCAGACAUAAGCUUAAGAGCCAGAUCAAGGAUCAGGAGCUCGAUAAGGACUGGGAUCCUAUCAAGAGGCGUAAGAAGGAACUGGAGAGACGGGAGCGUGAAGAGAAGGCUGCAUUGAAGAAGGGACAGGACGACGAGGAGGAGGAAGGCGAGAGCAGCAGCAAGAAGAGCCAGAAGAAGAAGAAUAAGGCCAAGAAGCGCAAGAGCGAGGAUACUGAUGAUGACGACAACGGCAAGGGGAAGGAUAACAAGGAACCAAAAGCAGAGGACUCUUUAUCGCGGAAAAAACAGAAGACGGAUGGCGCCGGAGAGGACAUGAUGAAGGAUAAGAAGGACAAGAAGGAGAAGAAAGAGAAGAAGGAAAAGAAGGACAAGAAGGAAAAGAAGGAGAAGAAGGAGAAGAAGGACAAGGAGUAAUAAGCAC